GCGCUGUAACUCGCAAAGUACACGGCGGCCGAGCGGAGGCGCAAUUUUUGUUAUCUCAGCUCGCGAGUCUCCUCUUUCUGAAAAUGGUUUCACCCAACCAGGUAUAACUAGCCCUGCGGACACACAGCUAGCAAUGCGUUUAUAUCGAGGGAGUAAAGGGUGCUGAUAGCGGGAGAAACCAGACGCGUUUUUCCUCCGGGUUCCUCUAUUGAUGUCUGCAUGUGGAUUUCUAAAAACUUUUCAGUUUCAACGAGACAGCGAGCACCACCUGUUCUUCAGCAGUCGCUCUCCGCCAGCACGCAGCAAUGAAUUAUACCGCCGUGAACCAAAGCGAAUCGGGACUUUAUUUUACCAACAAAAGUGACCCCUUGCAGGGCAUUCUGCGCUGCUGUAAUUAUACCUCAGUGGUGUCCGACAAUGGCUUUACGACCGCAGCUCCGGAUGAAAGAAGCAUCUACAUUAUGAGGGUGGUCCAGAUUGCAGUGAUGUGUGUUCUUUCGCUGACGGUAGUUUUCGGCAUCUUCUUUUUGGGCUGCAAUUUGCUCAUAAAGUCGGAAGGCAUGAUAAACUUUCUAGUCAAAGACAGAAGACCUUCCAAAGAAGUGGAAGCCGUCAUCGUGGGGCCGUAUUAGCGAAACGAGGAGCGGAGCCAUGCCAACUUGUAAGCGCACUUUUUCGUCUCCUGCUUGCGGGUGAGACUCGAUGAAUGUACAAGGAGGGCAGACUGCAGAAAUGAGCUCACGCUUUCGACACUCCUAUCCAGAGAAGAGAAUAAAAUGCAGACCUCUGUUAAAGCUGUACUGCCGUCCAUUCCAGCUAUGGUUUACUGCCGAGAUCGGCUUCGGAUCCCCACGAAUGUGCUGGAAAAAGUGGAUUGAGAACUAGAACGGAAGGAUUUUCCUUGUUGCACUCUUGGGUAUGAAUGGCUCUUGCUGUAGUGCCUCAGGUCAGUAUUUCUGAGGGGGCAUACUUGUUCUCAAAGUCCCUUAAUUCUCACAAACCUCCCAAGGGUUUCCUUCAAAUGAGCUCGAUUACCAGUUGUUCUGUCUCUUUCGCCAAAAAGCAGCUGCUGAAGAAUGUGCUUAAACUAUUGAGGAGAAAAAUGCAACAAUUGGGACGUGUUAACGACACGUUCCGACAGCAACACAUUGCAACCCUUUGUAUGACUUUUUUCUAUAAUAAGUUAAAGAAAGUAUUUAUUAUUGUAAUUGAGACAUUUGAGAGACUAAAGAUUCCUUGCGUUAAAGUUUACCUUUUUAAUGAAAGAAGAUUUAAGUGUAUUUUUUAUUGUUGAUAUUUGUAUAUGUUCAGAUUUAAUAUUUCACAUUGCCUAUUUAUUGGUGACAGAUUUCUCUAUUGCAUUUUUUUUCGUUUUGUUUUGUUUGCUUGCUUGUUUUUGCACGGAUUUUUAAAUGGAUUCAGUCAUGUUAUUAGUCUAUUUUAAUAAACGCAUCCUGGAAUUCUA